AUCGUAUUGAUGGUAUCUCCAUGACAUAUAAGCUCCCUUUGUAGGAUUCCCCAGCCACGCAAUGCGGGUGUGAUAACCGCCAAGGAGCUAUAAAAGGAGGAUCUUCCAGCCCAUGACUCUUGAAUAUAGCUUUUGUUUCUUUUUCUUUUUCUGUACGCUUUUUUGUCGAAUUGAUUUGGUACAGCACUUCUCCCUGUCCUUGAACUUGAGUUGCUCUAUAAUUGUUCCGAGCUCCCGUUAAUAUGCGCGUUCCUAUCCAGCCCCCUCUUCCCCCCUCACACAUUGCUUCAGAGCCUCCAGUCGAGGACAGCGAGACCGUGUCUCUCCUCGUAGCGACGCUGCUGAUCCCCGGCCGCGGAGAGCCCAUCAACAAUGGAGCGCUUGCCAUCAAAGGCGGCAAGAUUGAGUGGGUUGGCAGCUAUUUCGACAGACCGCCCAAGUAUCAGAAUAUCCCGCCAAGACAUGUACCUGUCCUGAUGCCGGGCCUGUGGGACUGCCACGUCCACUUCAUGGGGUUGGACGUCAUUGGCGACCUGGCCUCAAUGGGUUCAUACCUCCCAGGCUACAAUGCCCUUGCCGGCGCUGUCACCGUCGAUGACCUGAAGGAGACACUGUUGGCCGGCUACACGUCGGUGCGGGAGCUGGGAGGAUACGGAGGAGAUUUGUGGCCUGCUGUGAAAAACGGCCCCCUGACCGGACCCAACAUCUAUUCUGCGAUUGCUCCGUUGUCCAUCACGGGUGGCCACGCCGAUGACCACUCGGCGCCCAUCAGUACGGUCAUGGCUGCCAUGAAGUGCGGCGGCAGUCCUAUUGGUGUAUGUGAUGGCGUUGACGAUUGCAUCAAGGCGGUUCGUAACUUGGUACGACGAGGCGCUCGUUGCAUCAAAGUCUGCUCCACCGGAGGUGUCGGCAGUCUCAACGAUGACCCGGAAGACCGCCAGUUCUCCGAUGAGGAGCUCAAGGUCAUUGUCGAAGAGGCGGCUCGAAGCCGACGAUCAGUGGCCGCUCAUGCCAUGGGCAAAGCCGGUAUUCUAGCUGCGCUUCGAGCCGGCGUCAAGUCCAUCGAGCAUGGCUGCUACCUCGACGACGAAGUGGCCGACGUUAUGCUCGAGAAGGAUGCCAUCUUCGUCCCUACGCAGCACAUUAUCCGUAUUCUAGCUCGAGACUACAGCGAUCUGCUCCCCGCUCCUGUCAAACGCAAGCUGCUUGGCAUCUAUGACCAGUCCAGGAACGCAUAUAAAGUGGCAAUUAAGAGAGGAGUCAAAGUUGCUCUAGGCACCGACAUGACCAGCAGUGCGAGAGCAUCAGCCCUCUCACACGGCAACAAUGCACAUGAACUCACGUACGCGGUAGAACUGGGUAUGACACCACUUCAGGCGAUUGAAGCCGCAACAGCCAACGGACCAGAGACCCUUGGAGGUCUGGCACCCUUGAGCGGGCAGUUAAAGGCGGGAUAUGAUGCCGAUAUCAUUGCUGUUGUCAAGAAUCCGCUGAAUGAUAUCCGAGUCUUGACGGACACCAGCAACAUAACGCACGUAUGGAAAGGCGGCAAGUUGUUCAAGAGUCAGCCCAAGAUGCCAACUCAGACAUUUGGUCAGUUGCUCUAGAAGUCACGAGUUGGCCAUUUCUUCAUUGGAAGAAUAGACGCCUCCUUAAUUAUGAAUGUUAUUCCCGGCGUGUAACGAUUCGCUGUCAUGCAAUUGGACAGCCGAAUUUGAUAUCAAGCUUCGCGAAAAGUUGCCCACGUUGUUGUAAGAUGGAACCUGUAGGAUGCCAUUGAAGUCAAAGCGUAGUCAAAAUACAGACCUCGACUAUAUAUUUCAUAUGCUG